AUGAUAAAUACACAAGCUUAUGAUAAUCCACUAACAACACCUAGUGAGAGUUUUAAUGUAUUUAACACUGAAAAUACCGUGAUGGAAGAUAAUGGAACAUCAAGUGGUGCUAUACCUAAGUCCAAAUACACACUGGCUUCCGAUGAAUACUUAACUUGUGACUACUCUCGAUUCGAGAGCCAAUUAGAGGCUCUGAAAACUGGUAAUGAGUUUUUCAAACUACGUUUUGAAAUGAUACAAUUGCAAUUGGACAAACAAAGUGAAAUUCUACAAAGGUUCGAGCAAAAAUUCGAUAAGAUUCCACAGAGAAUUCAGAGCACAGAAAGUAAUACACGGGGACAAAUCAAGGACAAUUUAUGUGAAACAAAUAAUUUGAUAGGCGAACAAAACCAUAUCAUCAAUACUGGCGAUAAAUGGCAUAUGAUCAGUGAUAUCAAAGAAAUAGUGAAAACCCACGAUGUUCUAUUCAAUAGCUUUAGUGAAAAGCUUAAUAAUGUGGAAAAUAUAUUGAAAAAAGCCAGUUGGGAAACCAGUACACGUCAGCUGGGUGAUAGUAUAUCCAAUAAAUUAACUUUAUUACAAAAUAUUGAUAAGAAAUUAACAAAUGUUGAUACUAUAACAAUGGAUCAAAAUCGAAAUAUAAAGAAAUAUCUAAAUCAAACUGAAGCAACCAAGAUCUGUCUCGAGAGCCAUGAUCAGACAUUAGUUUGUACUACCAAAACAUAUCCUACCAGUUGUGCUGAUUCUAAUAUAUAUUUUUGUGCGAAUAACAAAUGUCGCAUAUACAAUCAGCUUUAUGGGCGUAAAACAUUUUGGGUCGCCUGUGAUAACCACACGGAAGGUGGUGGUUGGACUGUAAUCCAAAGACGCAUUAAUGGCGCCGUAGAUUUUUAUAGAGGAUGGACUGAUUACAAGCAAGGUUUCGGCAGUAUUGUUGGAGAAUUUUUUAUCGGUUUAGAUAAAUUACAUGCUUUGACAUCUACACUGCAACCCAUGGAGCUAAUGAUACAACUACAAGACUUUAACGAAACCACUAAAUAUGCCAAAUAUGAUGGCUUUGCUGUUGGCAAUGAAUCGGAAAAUUAUAAACUAAUUAAAGUGGGCAAAUAUUCUGGCAAUGCUACUGAUUCAUUCAGCCAACAUCAGGGUUGGCAAUUUACUACCAAAGAUCGUGACAAUGAUCAGUUUACCGGUAAUUGUGCCGAAAAUAAAGUUGGUGCAGGUUGGUAUGGAAACUGUUUUUUUAGCAAUUUAAAUGGAAAAUAUUACGGUAAAGCUGAAGCGGCUAAAAAUAAAAAUGGUAUUUGUUGGAAUGGUCCUAAGGGUUGCGAGAAUUCUUUGAAAUUUGUGCAAAUGAUGAUUAGGCCUAAAAAGAAAUAAAUAUUUUAGUACAUAAUACUUAAUGCUGCCUUUAUGAUGUUUCCAGACAUACCACCAUGACAUUUUAAUUUUAAUAUUUAUAAACCUCUUUAUUAUGUAGUUACAUCUAUUUAUCUUAAAUAUAUAUAAACAUUUAAGUUUUGAAUUGCAAAUCCUCAACUACAUACAUUUAAAAAACGGAUUAAAAAUUGCAUACAAAAAGUA